GCAGAACCACAGGCACCCGGCCGGCUCAGCCUGCGCCGGGCCGCCUCGCUAGCUCCGGGCUCGGCAGGCGGCCCGCGGGGUUCCGAAUCUCUGCGCCCUCAGACAGGGGCCAAGCAAGGCAGGCGCUGACCUGAAGCCCGGAGGCCCGCGAGACCUUCGGCCAUUUUUAGGAGAGGAAAUGUGGACAUAGAGGGACCUGACCCCAGAAACAGACCAGGAGGCUCCUGCUUGCCUGUGGUGUAAUACUUAGCCUUCCCUUUAUGCUGACUCCUGCUGAUCCCUCCACACCACUGUUCCACACAGCUCCUGAACCAUGGGAGAGAAUGAAGAUGAGAAGCAGGCACAGGCCAGCCAGGUCUUCGAGAACUUUGUACAAGCUACCACAUGCAAAGGGACCCUCCAGGCCUUCAACAUCCUUACCUGCCUCCUGGACCUAGAUCCGCUGGACCAUAGAAACUUCUACACCCAGCUCAAGUCCAAGGUGAACACCUGGAAGGCCAAAGCUCUGUGGCACAAACUGGAUAAGCGUGGCUCCCACAAGGAGUACAAGCGAGGAAAAGCCUGCUCGAACACUAAGUGUCUCAUCGUCGGAGGAGGACCAUGUGGCCUGCGCACUGCCAUUGAACUCGCCUACCUGGGAGCCAAGGUGGUUGUGGUGGAGAAGAGGGACACCUUCUCCCGGAACAAUGUGUUGCACCUCUGGCCUUUCACUAUCCAUGACCUUCGGGGCCUGGGGGCCAAGAAGUUUUAUGGGAAAUUCUGUGCUGGCUCCAUCGACCACAUCAGUAUCCGACAACUGCAGCUCAUCCUGUUCAAGGUGGCCCUGAUGCUGGGAGUGGAAAUCCAUGUGAAUGUGGAGUUUGUGAGGGUCCGAGAGCCUCCUAAAGACCAAGAAAAUCGAAAGAUUGGAUGGCGGGCAGAGUUCCUCCCUGCAGACCACGCCCUGUCUAACUUUGAGUUUGAUGUCAUCAUCGGUGCAGAUGGCCACAGGAACACGCUAGAAGGGUUCAGGAGGAAAGAGUUCCGAGGGAAACUGGCCAUUGCCAUCACUGCCAACUUCAUAAACAGGAAUAGCACAGCUGAGGCCAAGGUGGAGGAGAUCAGUGGCGUGGCCUUCAUCUUCAACCAGAAGUUCUUCCAGGACCUGAAGGAAGAAACAGGGAUCGAUCUUGAGAACAUUGUUUACUACAAGGACAGUACCCACUACUUUGUCAUGACAGCCAAGAAGCAGAGCCUGCUGGACAAAGGCGUCAUCCUAAAUGACUACAUCGACACAGAGAUGCUGCUGUGUGCCGAGAAUGUGAACCAGGACAACCUGCUCUCCUAUGCCAGAGAAGCCGCUGAUUUUGCCACCAAUUACCAGCUGCCAUCCUUAGACUUUGCCAUAAAUCACAACGGGCAGCCUGACGUGGCCAUGUUCGACUUCACCUCCAUGUAUGCCUCGGAGAACGCAGCCCUGAUGCGUGAGCGCCAGGCACACCAGCUGCUUGUGGCCCUUGUAGGCGACAGCCUGCUUGAGCCGUUUUGGCCCAUGGGCACAGGCUGCGCCCGAGGCUUCCUGGCAGCCUUUGACACGGCAUGGAUGGUAAAGAGCUGGGACCAGGGCACCCCUCCCCUGGAGGUGCUAGCUGAAAGAGAGAGUCUUUACCGGCUGUUACCUCAGACAACCCCUGAGAACAUCAACAAAAAUUUUGAGCAGUACACAUUGGACCCAGCCACACGGUACCCAAACCUCAACGUGCACUGUGUCAGGCCUCACCAGGUGAAGCAUUUGUACAUCACUAAGGAGAUGGACCGCUUCCCUCUCGAGAGAUGGGGCUCAGUGAGGAGAUCUGCCAGCCUCUCCAGGCGGGAGUCAGACAUCCGGCCUAACAAGCUCUUAACCUGGUGCCAGCAGCAGACCAAGGGUUACCAGCAUGUCAGAGUCACUGACCUGACCACAUCCUGGCGCAGCGGCUUGGCCCUGUGUGCCAUCAUCCACAGCUUCCGGCCAGAGCUGAUCAACUUCGACUCUCUGAAUGAGAAUGACGUUGUGGAGAACAACCAACUGGCAUUUGAUGUGGCCAAGCGUGAGUUUGGGAUCCUGCCUGUGACCACGGGCAAAGAGAUGGCAUCUACCCAGGAGCCCGACAAGCUCAGCAUGGUCAUGUACCUCUCCAAGUUCUAUGAGCUCUUCCGGGGUACUCCCCUGAGACCCAUGGAUUCCCGGCGUAAAAACUACGGAGAAAAUGCUGACUUUGGCUUGGGCAAAACAUUCUUUCAGAAUAACUAUCUCAACCUCACAUUGCCCAGAAAGAGAACCCCACGGGUAGACGCCCAGACUGAAGAGAAUGACGUGAACAAGAGGAGGCGGCAAGGCUUCAACAACCUGGAAGAGCUGCCAGCCUUCUCCAGCCGGAGCUUGGGCUCCAGCCAAGAGUAUGCUAAAGAAAGUGGCAAUCAGAACAAAGUCAAGUACAUGGCCAAUCAGCUGCUAGCCAAGUUUGAGGAGAACACUCGGAACCCUUCAGCCUUGAAACAGGACUGCCCCCGGGUCUCAGGCAUGGGUAAGCCUGUCCUGUGCUCUGCCUCUCGCCCUCCUGGUACCUCUCACUGCCCCAAGCUGGAGGAGUCCACUCCCAGGCUUCCACCUCCUCUAAAAAGGCAGUUCUCCUCCACGGUGGCAACAGGACAGGUGCUCAGAGAACUCAAUCAAGUACCUGCUAGUGGCGAGUGCCCCGGCAGACCCUGGAGAGCCAGGGCCAAGUCAGACCUGCAACUGGGUGGGGCUGAAAAUCUCGCCACCCUGCCUCCCACCUGCCAAGGGGCACUGGCCCUGUCCGGGGUGCUGCGGCGGCUGCAGCAAGUAGAAGAAAAGGUCCUUCAGAAGAGGGCUCAGAACUUGGCUAACAGGGAAUUUCACACAAAGAACAUUAAAGAGAAGGCAGCUCACCUGGCCUCCAUGUUUGGACACGGGGAUUUACCACAGGAUAAACUCCUGUCUAAGCGUGUGCCUCACGCUCAUCCGCCAUCUCCUCCCUCUUGCCUCCCGUCUCCUGAUCCAGCUGCUGCUCCCUCUCCACCCGCCGCCGACUCUGUUUCUCCUGCCAGAAAGGAAUCCCUGCGAAAGGCGGAAUUCCCCCUGAGCCUGGGUGGCAGGGACACCUGCUACUUUUGUAAGAAGCGCGUGUACGUGAUGGAGCGACUGAGCGCCGAGGGCCACUUUUUCCACCGAGAGUGCUUCCGAUGCAGCGUCUGCGCAGCCAUCCUACGUGUGGCUGCCUAUGCCUUUGACUGUGAUGAAGGCAAAUUUUACUGCAAGCUCCAUUUUGCUCACUGUAAAACCAGCAGCAAACAGCGGAAGAGACGGGCAGAGCUGAAUCAGCAAAGAGAGGAGGAAGGGACAUGGCCGGAGCAGGAAGCAGCUCGGAGAGAUGUUCCAGCAGAAAGCUCUUGUGCAGUGGCGGCCAUCAGCACGCCAGAAGGCAGCCCCCCAGGUAUCUCCACCUCCUUCUUUAGGAAGGCACUCAGCUGGCCUCUCAGGCUGACAAGAGGCCUGCUCAACCUGCCCCAGAGCCUGCUUAGGUGGAUGCAGGGACUCCUGCAGGCUGCGGGCCACCAUGUGAGGGACAAUGCUCACAACUACUGCUUCAUGUUUGAGCUCCUGAGCCUGGGGCUGCUGCUGCUCUGGGCUUUCUCCGAGGUCCUGGCUGCCAUGUACAGGGAGUCUGAGGAAUCCCUGGAGAGCAUCCGCAGCUGGCUGCUCAGGUUUGUCCCAGUGAAGCUGCAGUGAGCUGCGGGCUGCCCCACAGUGCCCUAACAUUUCCAGUGUAGACUGCGAUGUUUGUAGUUUGCUCAGGCUCUGGCCAGCAUCUGUAACCAAUUAGCUCCAAGCCAAAGAGUCCCACGUCGGCCACUUCCGCCUGUUUGACAGGAUUGAGCAUCUAUUCCUGGUGCUAGGGCCAGGGACAACAUGAAGGAUUUUUGUAUGUGUUUGUUCUUUUUAACAGCUUUGUGUUGUUUCUUUCUUUCUUUUUUUUUUUCAAACCAAAGUGAGCCAUAUUGCUGGGUUUACAUUUCAAUUUUUAACUUUUCAUACGCCAAAAAAGAAAGCACUAUUUUUCUACAAGGAUCAAUAUUUCUAACCGUUUCAACCAUUAUGGCCAGUUUUACGAGGCCCUUGAGCUUGGCAGUGUGUUGAGACUCAUUGCUGCCAGCAAAGUUAAUGAGCUGGGACUAGAGUCACAAAGGAGAGGGUACCGUCAUGUGAUCAAUGCCUUUUGGUUUACUCAUCCAGAUGCCACCUGGUCACAGUGCAUGCUGAGUUUGUUUGUUUCAAAAAUGCAGAUAUGUAAAAACAUAAAGAGGUCAACAGAAGUUAAGCACAGGAGCAAAAUAAACCAAAAGUGGUCAAAGUGCACGGCAGAGUGUCAAUGCUGUCCGUCCUCAGGAUGGGAGAGAGGUACCCUGCUCGUACGUUUUGAAAUCAAAAAGGAGCCUAGAGGCUUUCCCUCUUGCCCACCAAACCAUAGCCAAUGGCAUAGAACUACAGGGUUGCCGUGCGGCAAGCAGAUAGUCUCCUCCCACUAAUGGGUGCUGCAGGGAGAGCCUCUCGGCACUUGACCCUGAAUAGCUAUGUCAGGCUGAUGUAAUGCUGAGGGCAAACUAUUUCAGAUGGCGUCAUUUUCACCAACCCCAGCUGCAGGCUGAGCCAAAGCCCUUCAGGUCCGCCAUGGUUCAGCUUCCUCUCCCCUAGGUUCUUUGAACCGGGUACUUGCCUCUGGGAAGCAUGGCCUUGAUCAGUGCUGGUGGCAUCCUGGUGCUUAGUCACGUGCAUGUUUCCUCAACACAGUCUGAAAACCUUUUCCCAGUGCCCCAGACAAAGAAUAGCAUCUGGUCUUUGGGUGACUCCAAGCCCACGGUGUUUUCCCCUCUGGAAAGAGCCUUCAGCUGUCCCCACCCUGUCUAUGAUGCUUAGCUUCAGAAGCAGGCUGAGCAACUGGAGGGCUACUAAGGGCCUUCUAGGUACUUCUCAUGUCUACAGUCACUGGGUGCAAGACAGCUAUUUAGAGCAUCCACCAGUAGCAUACACUCUCAGGACUAGGAAGGUCUGGUUAAAGACCUUGAAAGCUUUGGCGUAAGCUUUCUGCAGGGAGGGGAAAGAAGGGUGCCUUUCUAGACUCUGCCCUGAAGAUAUGGGAAAGACAGGCAUGGCUAUGGCCAAGUGUGUGGGAACCAGCACCUCUGACCUUGUUGGAACUGUUGCCUGUGUGGUGACGUACACUGUACGUGCCCCGAGUAUAGCUGGGGUGUUAAUGGCCAAGCAUGAUGGGAGGAGCCCUUGAGUCCUAUUAUGUUUCAUUAUGUCACAUGAAUUCUCAAGGUCAUGUUAUAGUGAUUUUUCUCUAGUUCAGGGUGGGCUGGGAUACUUUGUGGAAUGCUCUGGGAAGCCAGAGUGAACUCUCCAAAAACAAAAAAAGAAAAGAAUUCAUUUAUAGCCACACAGAGGCUGUUUUGCAUUACUCUGGUAGACAGGGUGUGUCUACACAGGGCUGAGACAUCUGUAUAUUCUGAGACCUUAACCUUCCUGGUGGGUAACAGCAGGGGCAGGUCCUGGGAGACAGAUACUCUGGAGAUGAAUUUGCUUCGAGGAUGAGUAUGAGAUCCCAGAGAAAACUGGGGACAGAGGGGCUCAUGGGGAGAGAAGGUCCUGGGAACAUUUGCAGACAAGCAUGGAGUUCUGUUUCUAUGCAGACCCUGGGCAUCUACUCUUGGAAAUGACUAGCUGGUCGCCACCAGGAAGGUUGGUCCCUCCUAGGCAGGCAGUCCUUUGUGAGGGACAAUGGUUGCUCUGUUCCUCACCUCCAGUGUUCUUUCCUAUGUGAUUUGGAUUUGUUUUAGGCCCUCGCUAAGUCCUCCUUUCUGUCUUUCUCUUUCCAAUCUCACUUUGCGGCCGCCAGUACGUUUCAGCCUUCCAGUCCUUCACCCACUUCUUGGCUGACACUUCUGCUCUAAGGUGACUGAUUUUCUUGGCAAUUUUCACAGAGAGGUACUAACCCCUAACCCGCUUUCUGCACCCCAUUCUCUGCGUCGGUCGUAGUGGUUCUGCUAACUGUGAGUGUCUUGCCUACUAACAGACUCCUUAGAGGCAUGGGUGGUAAACAGCAUGGGGAGGGGUGUCAGCUUGAAAGCUAUGUUCUGCCUCCCCUUCUUUGGAGCCUAGCCAGCAGCCUGGGUCCACAACAAGUGCAUGCCCCGUGCCCCUUCUCCUCUGGACUAUGGGCUGGCCUCUAUGCAUGUUUUCUCUAUUGCAUUUUCAAAGACUUUGAUCUUUAUAGAAGGGUUCACCACGUUUGUGAGACAAUACUGAGGGCUCUUGUCACCUUUGAAAACACUUCUAUUUAGUAACCUCUGAAAAAAAGACACGUCUAGGAGUACCUUCUUCAGCCCAUCCUAAUACAAAGAUUACUAAUUCCUUUGACCAGGACCGUAAGUGACUCACUUUGGUGAGGAUUUACAAGCAUACUUGUUCCCAGACUCCUAGGCCAGCGUGACCAAUGCUCUGUGUUGUGAAUAUAAUAGCAAACCCUUCCCCUGGUUCAGCAUAGUUAGUCGUAGGGGUUUGCUAUGCCUUUCACGUACCUCUAGGCUCUUAAGUCCCUACUGUUUCACAAGCUUUAAUCAGAGCAGUAGUGGUCACAGGAGAAGGGCUGGCUUCCAGAAGUAGCCCAGGUCAGCCACUGUCAGUCUCUGGAAAGGGCAUAGUGUCUCUGCUCAUUUACCUGGAGCAGCACGACAGUCGCAUGCACCUACAGGAAGCAGUCACCACAGAGAGCAGAUGUGAGUCCAGCCCCACAUUUUCAGACUGCAGCCAGAGUCCUUCUCACGUCACACGCAGCCAGAGCUACGCUGCUCUUCAGCUUCCACCCGGUCCUGGGUCCUGCAUGCUGCACUUGCUUGCUAUGUUGGCGCAGAGCCCAGCCAGUACAAAGCCCUCUCCUCUCCUCUUUUCUUCUCUUCCAGCAUUCCCCUCUCUAAAAUGUCAACCAAAGAGAGCCUCCCCUCCCCCGCACCCCACCCCUGCUCUCAGCCUCUUUAGACAGUCUCCUCUCCAUCUCGUGGCAUGUCUGUGACCCUAGAGAAUUCAUUUACAGUGCCAUACGGAACCCUGUAUUUUACACACACAGCAAGCGAUGUUUAGGUUUAUUUAUGAUACUUGAUGCUGUAAAUGAAAAUAAAUAUGGUUCUUUAUAAAA